UGGGUAAAGUUGUCUUAAUAUAACCAAUAUGUACAAAGAAGUUGACUGGCCCAAAAGACACGACCCACAUAAAAACAACAACAAAAGAAAAUAGACAAAAACAAAUUAGGAAACAACCUAGUACUAAAAGUAAAAAGAAACUAAAUCUGAAGCUUCUAGAUAGCAAUGGUAGUUGACACUUCAUCUUAAUCAAAUUCGUUGGAUUCCAUGCGUUGUUCAAGUCCCUCCCAUUCUCUAAUGGAUUGAAUACCUUUAUUGAGAUUGAUACAACCAUUUAUAGUGUAGGUCUUUGACUAGAAAACUAGAUCUUAGCUUUUGUGGCUCUGCAACGAUCAACUCCAUCAAGAUGCCACCUUUAAAAGUUGUUACUCUCCAGUAGCACACCGGAUUCCAUGGUGUGCGCUGUUCAAGUUCAUCAAAAUAGUUCUUCAUCAUUUGAUCUACCCUCUAAUGGAUUGUAUUCUUUUACCGAGAUUAAUACCACUAUUGAAAGUGUAGGUCAUUGAAUAGAAAACUAGAUCUUAGUUUCUGUGGAUAUGCAACAAUUAACUCCAUCAAGAUGAAACCUUUAAAAGUUGUUACCCUCCAGUAGCUCAUUGGAUUCCAUGGAGUUGAGUUGCUUUCGCACACGCUAAUACCUUCUAGAUCUCCAAGAAGACCUUUUCAGGUAUUUUUUUUGUGAUAUAAUUAGCUCUCCAUUCGUUGAUCUGAUCUAUCCCCAAAUGUAAUAGAUUUCUGCAACUCUAGAUCUAAUUAUGCCAGUAUGAAGAUCAAGCUCUGCUACUCAUCAUUCCCAAAUUGUUGUACAUUGUGUCUUUCCAUGCUAAAAUUCCAUAAGUUUUUCUAAUCCAUUUAUUGCUUUUUUCUUUUUGGUGCACUGGUGCUAUACAACUUGUUGGUGGAAAUAUAGAAAGUUCUUUGCUUCUGGAUGCUUGCUUUACUCAAUAAUCAUCAGUUACUGGAAUAGCAAAUUAGUAAUAAAUACAAUGUUCCUUUCUCUAUUGUUAACCUUCGAUAGAAUGAGCUUCUAAGAAGUUAAUAGCACACAUCAAAAAGUAAACUUUAGAUUCUAGAAUAGGGCAAAAUUACAUAAUUUACCAUUCAAAUUUAGAAAUAACUAUUCAUCAAAAACUCAUUAAACCUUCUCCUAUAUUCUCCCCUGACAGAAUGAGUCUCAAAGAGACUAAUAUAGUUAGACCUCUCUAUAACGUCACCACGUUAUCACAACAUUUAUUAUAGUUGCCUGAUUUUCUCGGCAACCAAUUUUUCAUGUUAUAUUUUAUUUCUCUAUAGAGGCAUUUUACUUAUAACAACAAUGACGAUCAUUAUAUAGUACAGUUUUUAUAAAAUUACCUCACUGUAACAACAAAUCAAGUAUUAUGUAAUAAUAUUUAAUAAAAAAUAUAUUAUGUACAAAAUAAAAUAUCAAAAUUAUUAUGGUAAUUAUAAUUAAUGUCAUGCAUACAGUAAAUUUAAUUACGGAUAUCCAAUUUAAAGAAAACAAAUUAUAUUUAAAUGAUGCCCAUCAAUUAUUUUAUGUAAAAAUUACAUAUAUAACGACAUGUUUACUACUAAUGAUUAAAAAUCUCAACUUUUUUCGAAAUCUCGUAAAAUCUCAACAUUUGACCUCUGAUGAUACAAGUUAAUCACAUUAGAUACAUACUACUGAUACAAGUAUUAAUUAAUUAAAUCAGCAUGUUUUAAGGAAUGUAACAGAUAACUUUGCAUUAAAACAACAUUUAAGCUAACUAAUUAAGGUAAAAAAUAAAAUCAAAUCCCACAAUUAAUGGGAAUCCUUUUAUUACUCUACUUCGUUAAAACAUAAACGCUAUUUUAAUAUAUUUUUGAAAUUAAAAAAUCUUCAUUCUUCUUGUUCAGAUAAACCAUACCAAUUUUUUUUAUUUGAUUUGUUAAUUUUGUUUGUUUGAUAUGAAUAUUUCGGUGCUUUUACGUCAUUCCAAUGUCUGGGUUAACGAAAUCGAGUAUGUUGGUUAUAAGAGUGAUAGAAUUGUGGUCAGUGAACAUGUUACUUACGAAAAACUGAUUUCUACUAUUGCGGAAGAACUGAAAAUCGACGAAACAAGGAAAAAAAUUGAAGCUCGUUACAUUGUUGAAGCAAAUGCUUGUCUGUUGUUCAUUCGGAAUGAAAUGAGUGUGAAGCUAUAUGUCGAAAUUAAAAAAAUUGACCGUGGAUUUGGGACGUAUCCUCUUAUCAUCACUACAUUAGAUAAGUCUGCUAGUGAAAUGCUUUUUGAUGGGAAAGUUGGUGCUGUAAUGUGUUGUCCAUCUGAAGUAGUUGAAGAAAUAAUUAGCUAUAAAUCUAAUUCUACUUCUUCUAUGCCUUUGUUGGAUAACAAGGGGAACAAGAUCAUUACUGAUUGCAAACAUAAUGAUGUUAAGUUUGAACAAAUCUCUAAGGACAAGUGUACUCUCAUUUUGGUCAUGGCGCGAUUUGCAAUUGAACAUUCUUUCAAUUACUAUGCCAAAAGAUCCGACAAGAAAAGCUAUGUCCUACAAUACCAUUCGGACGAUUGUGUUUGGGUCUUUAAAGCAUCAUGUCAUCGGGGUACAGAACUAUUUAAAGUUAGAUUUUUCCAAGGUGUUCAUACACGCCCGUUGAAAGACCAAGUUUUUACUCAACUUCAAGCUACAGUUGGAUUUAUUAGUGGUUUUGCUGCACCAAAACUUCUCAAUUAUAAGAGAAUACACACCCUGGAUGAUAUAAUUGAAGAUAUUAAAAAUGCUUUCGAUGUAGACAUUAACUAUCAGAAGACUUGGAGGGCUAAAGAACGUGUGAUUGGGAUGUUAAGGGGGAAACCUACGGAUGGUCAUCCACAAAUGGCUCGAUAUGUAUACAUGUUAAAUUUCGUUUAUCCAGGUUCACAUAUUAGAAUGCAUAAAUCCGAGGAUAAUAAAUUUAUGUAUUUGUUCGUUGCAUUGCAACUUUUAAAGAGUGGAUUCGAGUAUUGCAGGCCUAUAGUUGUGGUUGAUGGUGCACAUUUGAGUGGAGCAUAUAAAGGACGCAUUCUGUCGAUUGCGUAUGGUGUUGUUGAUAGUGAAAACGAUAAUUCGUGGACUUGAUUUUUCGAGAACUUCAAAAUUGCUUUUGGAGAGCGCGACAAUAUGUGUGCUGUAUCUGACCGUCAUGAAAGCAUAAUAAAGGUUGUGAGUGUUGUAUAUCCAAAUAUGUCGCACCUCGCAUCCAUUUGGCACUUGUGGAAGAAUAUUUUCACAAACUUCAGGAAGGGUAAAGAUAGACUUAGCGAUACUUACUAUGCUAUGGCCAAGGCUUAUCGCAAAGAUGAGUUUGAUUUUUUUUUAAAUCAAGUUGGAAAGAAUGAUAAGAGGGUAAAGUAUUAUUUUGAGGAUGCUGGAUUUGAAAAGUGGGCACGCGUGUAUGCACCUGUUAACCGUGGUAGGAUGAUGACUUCAAAUAUAGCGGAGUGCAUAAAUGGUAAAUUGUAGCUAGCACGUGAGUUGCCGAUAAUAGCAUUUUUGGAGCAGGCUAGGAAAUUAUUUUGAAAGUGGAAUUGCAAGAAUAGAAAAAGAGCAUCUUAUGCAAACACGUCACUUGGUAGUAGAUUUGAAGGAAUUCUUCAGCUAAAUACUUCAAAAUCUACAAGGCUUAAGGUUAGUCCGUCAUCAACAUAUGUAUAUUUUGUUUACGAUGAUGGGAGGAAGUACAUAGUAUGUCUUGAUAGGACUUGCACUUGUGGUAGAUUCCAAUUGGACGGGAUAACAUGUGAACACGCGAUUGCAGUAUUAAAAAGCAAGCAUGUAGUUGAUAUGAAGCCUUAUUGCUUAGAGUUUUAUCAUCCUGAAACAUUAAGCAAGACGUAUGAAGAAUCUAUGUUUUCAAUGCCCGAUAAGAAGGAUUUGAUUUUGCCACAAGAAGUUAUGGAUGAAGUUGUGUUACCACCAAAAUACAAACGUCAACCCGGAAGGCCAAAGAAAAUCACACUCAAGAAAUCAAGUGAAACUAUUGCGGGAGAUGUGAUUUCGCAAGUCACAACAGGCGUACUUGUAACUUCUUUUCAAAGGAGGACUGAGAAUGCAGUUGACUGAUUAAUAAUGUUGAAUAAUUUAUUUUCUAGUUGAAUUUCUUUCCUUUUAAUACGACGUUGUAAUUGAUGACGUUGUUGGUUUUUAAGAAUUUUACGAAAAAUAAUUUCUGUAAUAAACAGUUGUUUUCGCUCCUGGUUAAUUAUUUACCUUUUUUUUUUGAAAA